AUGUAUGAAGAAGUGAAGUUUGUGUGUUUUGUUUUAAUAUUUUUCUGGGCAACAGCUACAUUUGUUAAUGCAGUUGAAGAAAAAUGCGAUCAGAAUUCUUCGCCUACACCAUGCGUGAGGUUCUGCCCUCCACAAGCAUGCAACUACAAAUCCAACGGACGCCCCUGCAUACCGGGACCUUGCAGGACAGGCUGCAAUUGUAACGAGGGGUACCUGAAAAAUUCGAUGGGCGUUUGCGUUCUUAAGAUAUUCAAACGGUCACCUUGUGAAGAGAAUGAGAUGCAUGUAGAAUGUUUCCACUGUGGUCCCGAGAGAUGUGACCAGCUCGGCUUCCCAGCACCAUGCAGAGGAAGCAGUGUCUGCAGAGCAAAGUGCGUGUGUGUUGAUGGGUACCUUCGAAAUUACGAGGGAAACUGUAUUCCAAGGAAAGAGUGUCCAUCAUGUGGCGGCGACAAAAAUGCAACUUCCGGCUGUAGUAACCACUGCGGGAACACUUGUUCUGACUUCCGGGACGUGAAUAAGACGUGUCUAUCUGGGUGCCACUAUAAUGGUUGCGACUGUAAACUUGGUUUUGUCUUCCACGAAAAAUUGAGCCGAUGUAUAUUGCCUGAUGACUGUUGUGAGUAUAGUUAUAAUUUUCCGCUUCCUUUGAUUGUAACGCAGUGA